UAUAUAUAGAGGCAACUCCAUACUCGCCGUGCAGUGUCGAGGUAACAGAGAGUGAAAUCUAAUUGAAGCUUAUGAAGGUUUCCCCAAGGUUCAUUUUCUUACUACGCGUGCGGCUGGCUUAAGAGGCUGAGGUCAUGGCAGCUAAGUUUCAACUCGAGGUGCUCCUCCUCCUUCACCUCUUCGCCGCCCUCGCCACGCCCCAGACUCCACCCACUCGCCACGCCUCCCACAUGCUGAAGGCCGACAGUCUGAGGUGCGGUGAUCCCAAGAGAGUCAUUGCCGCUGCUAAUUUGACCAUCGACGCCAUCGACGCCUUUAAGAAUGACUUUACGGAACACGAGUUUGGGGUUUCUUGGGAUCGCCUGAACUCGGAAACAAACCCUGAUGACGACUACUACCUCCUGCUUGUUUGCGACCUGGAAGACCACUGCCUCCGGGUGCUGCCAAACAUAACGUCGAGGUCCCACAAGCCUCCUCAGAACCCAGAGGACGCACGGAGGAUCCUUGUCGAAGUCCUAGGACACAGCCAGCGGUACGCCCUUGCCCUAGAGACAUUCUUCUUAGACCAGAGUCUGUACGAAGAUGUUUUCCUUCGUCAGGUAGACACUGUCCACAGAUACCUUGAGGAUCUCAUUAAGAUUCUCUUGGAGGAUGUAGGAGCGUGCCAACUCUCUCCCAAUGAGCAUAUGAUCAACAACUUUAUUCAGAGGGUGUACAGAGGCGUCCAGGAUGAACCACGAAAGCUCCGGGACUUCGCCGUGCUGCGCCAGUGCCUCUUGGGAAUGCGCUAUAUUGCGGAUGUUUUUUCCGGUGGCAUCUGGCAUUAAUGGCUGUUAGCCUGUGAAAUGAGGCUGCGCGAUAUUCAAUUCAUUUUCUGUGAUGACUAAUUUCAUGCAUCCACCAUCAAUAUGCACGUGCGCACAUAAAUAGAUGCAGACUUCUUAUACAGGUGUAUGCAUUAUUGCGUGCGUCAACAAAUCAAUAAGUUGUGUGUCUAUCUCCGUUUCUGUUUUACGUUCAUUAUGCAGAUAACCUGAAUGGCUGCAUAUGACAUAAUAUACAUAUCAUUUCUUAAAUAAAAUAAUUUCUUAUAAA